UUUAACUGAUCAAGCAUGGCUAGAUCAUCCCAAGGAAAGGUGAUAACUAUUCUUAGCAUUGAUGGUGGAGGUGUUAGAGGGAUCAUUCCUGGUACAAUUCUUGCUUUUCUUGAAUCCCAAUUCCAGAAACUGGAUGGAAGUGAUGCUAGGAUCGCAGACUACUUUGACUACAUAGCAGGGACAAGCACGGGAGGUUUAGUUACUGCAAUGCUAACUACCCCAAAUGAAAAGAAUCGACCUUUAUUUCGUGCAGAUGAGAUUACUGAAUUCUAUCUGAAGGAGAGCCCAAAUAUAUUCCCGCAAGAUGAAGCAAAGCCCCGGUUUAGUAUUCCCGGGUGGGAUACUGUAGUUAAUUGGGUUAAGGACCUUUACAACAGAUAUGUUGGCCCUGUAUACCAUAGUGCAGAAAAAAUCGUCGAUUGGAUCGAGUCCAUGUUGUUUCGUCCUAAAUAUGAUGGAGAGUAUUUGCGUGGGAAAAUCAAGAAUAUGAUUGGAGAUCGAAAGCUUAGCCAAACACUAACUAAUGUUGUCAUUCCUGCCUUUGAUGUUCAUGAGUUCCAGCCAGUUAUCUUUUCAUCUUUACAGGCGAAAGUGGACGACUCAAAGGAUUGUCUACUAGCAGAUGUUUGUAUCUCUACA